UACAGUCACAGGUUCUCUGUGCAGAUCAGAACACCUAGUGAUGGGGGUCACCUGGAUAACACUUGUCCUUGCCAGCCUGGCCAUGGUGCAGAACAUUUGGGCUUCCCCGCUGGAUGAUAAUUGGAUUGUUCCACUCUCCUCAGUCCUUAGCAGAGCUGUAGACCUGUAUAACACAGAGCAAGGCAAUGCAUGGGCAUUUAAACUCCUCUAUAUCAUCCCCAGUUCCAGUAGGGUCGUCCAGUUUAUCAUCAAAGAAACUGACUGUGUGAGAUCAGAAGGGAAAGGACUGCGUGAAUGUCCCUUUAGAGAUGGAGGGUUGGAGCGACGCUGUACUAUAAUGCUGUCUGAAGAUCAAGACACGGUUACUGUCCCGGUCUGUAAGACAGUGACUGAGAAGCAUUCCAGCUUGGAGACAUCGGGAGAUGGAAGCGGCAGUGGCAGUGGGGAGAGAAAACAAGAAACCAAGAUAAACAGAGCUAGGUGUCGGAGACCUGGAUCCUGCUCAAUAAUAGGUUUUGCCACUAUCAGAAAAUAAAAAUAAACACAAAAUGUU